GGGAGAGCGGACAGAGGGAACGCGGGGUCCGGGGAGAGCGGACAGAGGGAACGCGGGGUCCGGGGAGAGCGGACAGAGGGAACGCGGGGUCCGGGGAGAGCGGACAGAGGGAACGCGGGGUCCGGGGAGAGCGGACAGAGGGAACGCGGGGUCCGGGGAGAGCGGACAGAGGGAACGCGGGUCCGGGGAGAGCGGACAGAGGGAACGCGGGGUCCGGGGAGAGCGGACAGAGGGAACGCGGGGUCCGGGGAGAGCGGACAGAGGGAACGCGGGUCCGGGGAGAGCGCGGAUAUAGUGAAUGCGGGGUCCGGGGAGAGCGGAUAUAGUGAAUGCGGGGUCCGGGGAGAGCAGAUAGAGGGAAUGGGGGGGGGGGGGGGGGGGGGGGGGGGGGGGGGGGGGGGGGGGGGGGUAUAUUUGGGUAAAUCCGGG